AUGAGUCCUGAAGAGGAGGGUUCCGCAAGUGUGGGUGCUGUGGAGACCACUCUGAAGAAAACUCCGUAUAAGCAUCCAAAAUAUUCAAACGUGACCUUCUGGGACCUUCCUGGAACUGGGACCCCUAAUUUUUUUCCAGAAACAUAUUUAGAAAAGGUAGAAUUUGCUAACUAUGACUUCUUCAUCAUCAUUUCUUCCUCACGGUUCAAGUUAAAUGAAGCUGUGCUGGCCCAGAAAAUCAAGGAGAAAGGGAAGAAUUUCUACCUUGUUAGGAGCAAAGUAGACAGUGAUUUAUACAAUGAAGAGAAAAGCAGACCGAGGUCCUUCAAAAAGGACAGAGUCCUCCAGCAUAUUCGAGACAACUGCCUGGAAAACCUCAGUGACAUUGGAGUGUCUGAGCCCCGCAUCUUCUUGAUCUCCAACUUUGACCGGACUGACUUUGAUUUUCCAAGCCUGGAGGAGACUCUGCUGAAGGAGCUCCCUGCACACAAGCGUCACACCUUUGCCCUCCUGCUGCCCAGUCUGUCUGAAGCUGCCAUUGAGCUGAAGAGAGAUUUCAUUAAGGAGAAGAUCUGGCUGGAAGCCCUGAAGUCUGCAGCUUUGGCCUUAUUCUCCUUCAUGCCCAUGAUCAGUGGCUUUGAUUUACCAGAGCAGGAGAAGUGCUUGCACCUUUACCAAAGCUAUUUUGGUCUGGAUGAUAAAUCACUCAGUGAGAUUGCUGAGAACCUGGGCAUAUCUGUGCAGGACAUCAAGAGCUCCAUGAAGUCCUUGAAUUUUUGGUUACUUGUGAAGGAUGACAGCAUAGCAGCAAAUGCCCUGCAAUGUGUUGAAUCCUACUGCUCCAAGAGUGGAGGCAUCCCAUCUACUGUCUUCCAGUUGUUUAAAACCUACUUUAUACAGUUGAAAUUCCUCAAUGCAGUGGCUGAUGAUGCUAAACUUCUCUUGCAGAAAACUUUGCAGUGCUGCAGUGGGAGAGAAUGUGGUGAAUGUGGUGUCACUUCUAAGUGA